AUGUCUGCCCCCCUGAUGAGCCGCUCUGUGGCCACUCAUGUGCUUGUGGCCCUGUUCGGCAUGGGCUCCUGGGUCCCCAUCAAUUCCUUGUGGGUGGAGCUCCCAGUGGUGGUGAAGAGGCUGCCCGAAGGCUGGGACCUCCCCGCCUACCUGUCUGUCCUCAUCGCCCUGGGCAACGUGGGCCCCAUGAGCGUCACCCUGACUCACCACUUUGCGCCCGGGCGGCUGAAGGAGCACUGGCUGAUCCAUGCCAUCCAGCUGCUAGCGGUGUGUGCAGCCCUCUUCCUGGCCUGCUUCUGGGAUCGGACGACGACAAUCGCUGGCCAGGAGCGCAGCGUGGCCUACUUGGUGCUGGCCUUCCUGCUGGCCCUGGGCUGCUGCACCUCCAACGUCUCCUUCUUGCCUUUCAUGUACCAGUUCCCGCCGCUGUUUGUGCGCACCUUCUUCAUCGGGCAGGGGCUCAGCGCCCUCCUGCCCUGCGUGCUCGCCCUGGGGCAAGGCGUGGGGCAGCUGGAGUGCCUCAACGGCACUUCUGGCAACGCCUCGCAGCCGCAUUACCUGGAGGAGAACUUCUCGGCCGACACCUUCUUCUGGCUGCUCCUGGGCCUGCUGGCCGUCUCGGCGCUGGCCUUCCUGGCUUUGCUGUACUGGCCUGAGGGCGGCAGCUCCCCCCAGGGGAAGAGCUCCUCCCAGGAAAGUGUGGCGUCAGAGGAGUCCUUCCCAUUGCAGACCGAUGGCGCACCCACCCCUGACGGUGCCAUAGAGAGCCCCAUCCCAGAAGCAGCUGCCAAGUCGCAGACCUCCAGCUUCUGGACGUGGAGAAACAUCUACUUGCUGGUGCUGCUGGGGGUCUGCAGCGCCCUGACCAAUGGGGUCCUGCCUUCUGUGCAGAGCUACUCGUGCCUGCCUUACGGGGACAUGGCCUACCACCUCUCCGUGGUGCUCAGCAACAUCGCCAACCCCGUGGCCUGCUUUGUCGCCAUGUUCCUGCUGUGCAGGUCAUCCCUGGGCCUGGGCCUCCUCUCUGCCCUGGGUGGCGUGUUUGGAACCUACCUGAUGGUCCUGGCAGCCUUCAGCCCCUGCCCACCGCUGGUGGGCAGCCCCGUGGGAGUGGCACUGGUGGUGGUCUCCUGGGUCCUGUUCAUGGGCCUCUUCUCCUACCUGAAGGUGGUGAUCGGCAGCCUGCUGCACGAGGCGGGCCACGCCGCCCUGCUCUGGUGUGGCAGCAUCAUCCAGGUGGGCUCGCUGGUGGGCGCCCUCGUCAUGUUCCCCCUCACCGGCGUCUACCACCUCUUUCGCAGCGGGACGAACUGCAAGGACAACUGCUCGGCAUGA